CGCGUUCUCGUCGGCUCCGCGAUUUUCGUUUUUUUUUAAAGUUGUGCAUAUUGUAAUAACCAGUGAAACAUAUAGUGUUUUCGUUUAUUGGCAGUGGCAACCUAGUUACCCACGAGUUUUGCCCUAACUGCUGUUAUUAUGUUCUGUGAUUAAUUCGAGUCCACUAGUUUAGCCCGAGAUUUGAACCUCAAGCAGGGGGUUGCACCCCGUAAAAGUUGUCAGUGUUGGGGGUAAGAAUAAGAAAAAAGUUGUCCCGCGCGAGUGGAGAUAAACGAAAACGGCAACAGUUUCUAAUCGCGCUUGGUAACACAUAUUAAAGCACGGUGGUUACAAAGUGAAAAUCAUCAAAAUGGAGAACUGCGCCGGUCCAGAGGCGAUCGUCAAAAUUCAGGACAAUUUAACUGCGGUACUGACUAGGAAAUGCGACUUUAAAGCGCAGAGUUGCCUGGACCACAAGCCUUUUGCCGAGGCCGAAGCCAAGUAUACGAUCAAAAUCCAUGGUAUUCCGUUCAUCAAGGGAACGGCUGAUCUUUGCCAAAAAGUACCCAAAUGGUCCCUGGCAGCUCCCGUUGUGUGGGCGUUCAAUUUCAACAACAAGUGCCCGAUGGGUGAGGGAACUCUUUGCACCGAUAAAAAACGUGUUUUCAACAUCAGUCCGUUCAAGCAGUUUCUGCCAUUGAUGGUUGGCAGAAUAGAAAUGCAAAUUGACGUGAAACACGAUGCGGGCAAAAGUUGCAUCAGAUCCGAAAUAGAGCUGUUUAAAGAAGAAAUACCGGAAAGAGCGACAAAACCCGUGAUGAAAACUCAAAGCAUCGAUACAAAUACUGCUACAAACAGUUCAUCCUAAAUAAUGUGACAUCAAAAUUUAAGCUUUAUAGAUUGCAAUAUUAUUUCCAAAGGAAAAUUAAAACUACAGAGAAAGCUGCUUCCUCUAGAAUCAA